GUAAUGCGAUUAAUAAUAGUUCUACAAAUAAUUCAUUAUUAUUACAAGAUCUUUUAAUUAUCCUUUUUCAUAAAUCAAUAAGGUAGGUAGUCAAGGGAAUAGCCUAAUAUACCCGGGACGCAAUUUCUUUUUGUCUCGUAGAAAAUCAGCGAUACCACCUGUAAACUAAGAUCACGAUUUGAAACAUUCUGAUUCGUCUCUCCUUUAAUAUAGAACUUCUUCGGUGUAAUUUUACACUCGACAAAGUAUCUGAUGACUAUCCACAACGACGCGGAUUUGCGGACAUUGUUUGUUUUUUUUUUGUCAUUUUCAUACACUUUUAUUGGCAAAUUCCAGUAGUUGAGCUAGAGAUCUGAAAUGAUGCGCUAUGAAUUAAGAUAUCAGAAAAAGGCCAAUAAUAUACGAGUAAAUGAUACGCUGUUUGCGCAAACGGUCAACCAGAUUUUCCAUAGAAGAAAUGUGUUAAUCCUGAUUACAGGGCGCGUUGGGAGUAGCAUCAGAUUCAUUACGCAUGCGUGUCAUUGCUUUCAUCCAAGUCUCGGAAACCCCGGAUUUUAAUAUCAUAAAUGGACUUUACCUUUUCGUAUCUAAUAGUAUUGAUAGAUAAAAAAAAUUCAUAGCACUUUAAUAAACGUUAUAGGAUAUUCAGAUACAUAGAGUUUUUCGUGCCCCACUUUUCCACCGUAUUUGGACAUUCGCUGAGGAAAUUCCAUGAUGUAACAAACAUAUUUUCUACAUGAAGCUGUUAUAGUAAUAUCUUAAUUUUCAUAGAUUGUUACAACCGCGAUAUAAACUUUGUUUAUAUAAAUCGGAUAAUAUUUCAAACACUUUGCCAAAAAUAAGAUAUAACUACCUUCUGGAAAAUCUAAGUAAAUUCUCUAUAUCGUUUAUAUAUGUCAUGGAAUGGAAAGACAAUUUUUGUUUGUAGAUUUAAUGUUAUUAAUUUUCGCACAAGAUCAUAAAAUAAAUGCCUACUUCCAUUUAUAUAAAGCCAAUACCGAGCAGUUUCUCCUUUUCAGUCUGGGAGAUGAGGAAUAGCCAUUGAAAUAUCACGGUUGCUUAAAUCGAAUAUCAGAUAAGUGACAUAAUUAAGGAAUAGCAACAGAUUGAAAACUUGUCCUCUAAAAUCAGAUGUUACAAUAAUCACUUUAUAUCUGAAAUAGACAUCAAAAUGCUGAUUUUACGAUUAACACUUAUUGUUAUUACUUGUCAAAUUGUGAGCGCCCGUACCCCAUUGUUUGUAGGAGCAUUAUUCGAAUUUUCGGAACAUUGGUUUAAGGAUUAUACACCGUUUUUCCCAAGGAUUAUCGAACAAGCAUUGAAAGAUAUACAAAAUAGGACGGAUAUUUUACAGGACUAUGAACUUGUGAUUUCGUAUAGAGACACAAAGGGACAAAAUGGGUAUGCUGCAAUGCAGAUGGUAGAAAUGGUAGAGGAAAAGGAUCGCCCAAAGAUCGCUAUACUCGGCCCGAGCCUCUCAAGGGAGCUGAUAGUCACGGGACAGCUGGCACCCUUUUUGAAGGUCACACAGCUUUCCUGCAUUGCGACAACAGCUACGACAGUGGACGAGGGACUGUUCCCAACUGUGUUUACAGUGAAUCAAGUUCCUCAUACAUUGGAUAAACUACGGGUGGAGAUGACUCGCCACUUUGGAUGGAAACUGAUCGGGACACUGGCCUUUCAGAAAGAGUACUCAACGUCUCAAAUCAAUUCAUUCCAUCAAUAUUUGAACGAGCUUGAAGACCGUGACAUAGAGCUUGUAACUACAGCAGUUGUUGCCAACAACAGUAACAUAAAGUAUGCCAUCGAAAGGUUCAAGGAAAACAAUGUGAGAAUCAUUCAUGCCGUUUUUUCGAGUACAUAUGCACCGUAUGUGUUCUGCGAGGCAUACAAACAAGGCAUGUAUGGCGACAGCUAUGUUUGGAUUCUGUCUGGUCCUAAUAUGUACAAAAAUUGGACAAACAAGGCAGGAAAGACGGACUGUACAGCAGCGGAGCUUGUUUCAGCCAGUGAUGGCUACUUUACUUUAGACUACCAACCCACUGGCCAGUCAAAUGUCACUACAAUCAAUGGACAGAUGGCGCAAGACAUUUGGAAUGACCUUGAACUUCAGGCGGAAAAAGAGAACAUUACUCUGGUUUCUUCCGCCGGCUGGAUUUAUGAUAUGGUCUGGGCACUUUCCUUAGGUCUGAACAACAGUUUAAAAUACCUUGAUAAUUCCGGAUUCAAUGGUUAUAAUAACAGCGACUAUUAUCUGAAUGCUAUCACAUCUGGACUGAAAGAAGUCGAUUUCUAUGGAAUGUCAGGUCGGGUAAACUUUGCUGGCACCAGAUUCCGGAAAGGUGAUUCAUUCAUAGAGAGAAACAGAAACGGUGGGAAUUUUAGAACAACUGUGGCGACAUUUAUGCUUGACAACAAAAUACGCUACAAUGAAUCAUAUAGUUUUACUCUUGUAGAAGAUCCUUGGCCUGAUGGCUGGCCUAUGGACCGCUUUAUGACAGACUAUUCUUUUUCUGCCACUAAUAAGCUGGCGUUCGGAUUUGUUUUAUCAUUUCUGUCGUUGGGACUUCUUCUCUCGGGAGCCUUUCUUGCAUUUAAUAUAUAUUACAGAAAGAAAAGAUCUGUGAAAAUGUCCAGCCCAGUGAUGAACAACAUUAUCAUAACAGGAUGUGUUCUACUAUAUGUGGAAGUGUUCAUCGCCUCUGUAAACUAUUACCGUGUUAUAGAAACGGACACCUGUAUGGUGCGAACUUGGAUGAUGGCGAUAGGUUUUACAACAUUAUUCGGGGCCUUGUUUUCUAAAACAUACAGGAUAUAUGCAAUCUUUAGAGACGGCAAAUGCAAACUGAAGGUGAUUAAAGAUUACCAUUUGAUAGCUAAAGUUUGUGUUUUGUUGGCUAUCGACUGUAUCAUACUCAUUCCUUGGACGUUGUUCCAUCCUCAACAUCUUACUGAAUAUUCAGUACUGGACAAGAAAAUUGAAAACAAGAAUGUAAUAUACUACAAUGUAUAUUUACAUUGCAAAGGAGACUAUGAAGUGUACUGGUUUGGUGUGCUUUACAUAUACAAAGGCCUUUUGCUUGUCCUUGGAACAUUUCUUGCUUGGGAGACGAGAACGAUAAGAGUUGCAGAACUGAACGACUCGAAAUACAUAGCUGCAUGCAUAUAUAACGUUGUUAUUAUUUGCGUGUUUGGUGUACCGAUUGCGCAUGUGCUAGCAGUUGAACAAAGAACAAUAUCUUUUGUUCUGAAUUCAUGUCUCAUAAUAUUCUGCACAACCAUUGUCCUGUGCAUUAUAUUCGUUCCAAAGAUUCGAAAUCGGAAUCAAGUACAGGGAAAAUUUAUUUUACCCUCUCUGAAUGCGAGCAACAGUAAUUCUACACAACGCUUUACAGACAACAGUACUUAUGAAUCAAGAGUUGAAUGCACGGGGAAAAUCGCCCACAAUGAAAAGACCAUGGAGGACCUAAAAUUAGAAAACGAGACUCUUCGAAUGCAGGCCGCAAAGGAGACUAUCGCCAUGGCAAAGCUGAAGAAGACUCUGUUACAGAUGACCGGGGACUUGCAUUUAUACCGGAGCAACGAUAACUAUGUGGUGUUUAGAAAGAACAUGGACAACGGCGUUCAAGAAAGUAAUGUUGAUAUAGCAUAACUCAGUGAUAUAUCAUCGACGACAAGUGAUUUGGCGAUUCCCUUUCGCUCAGACAUACUUAGCAAAUAUCAAGUGCAGUGAAUUAACUUUACUGUGAAAAAUAUCACUGAAUAUUGCUCAGUUUUCUUCGAAUGAAACGUUGUUCCAGAAGAACCAGAAUGAUAACCUUUAGGGAAAAUGUUCGUUAUCCAAAUUUUGACAGUCUGAAUGCAUUUAUAAACAAAUGUACAAUUUGUAUGUCCAUAAUUUAGCCCCACAUGAACCAGCUUUUCUUGCCUACCCAGCGGGGAAAGUAUACAUUUGUUCGAGCACGCGCCCGGGAUUGAUAUUCCUGUCUUUCCCUAGGGAAAUACCUUGUCUAAAAUAGCGUGCACUAAGGUGACGUCACAUAGCACUGGCACCAUUGUGACGUCAUAAACUUUAUAAAUUAUGUCAGUAAAUACCCAAAUCUUUUUGUCUCCACGAUCUAUUUUGAAAGUGACAGGCAAGAAAAAUGAUCUAACAUGUCUGCCUGUGUAAGACAGCUGUAUUCCCAACCCUCGGGACAGCAUGGAUAAAAAAACCUCGCUGACGCUCGGUUUUCCAUUCCACACUGUCCCUCGGGUAGGGAAAACCCCGUCUUACACAGGCAGUCAUGUAAGAUCCUUAUAGUCUUCGAUGAAAGUACAAACUAAUAAAACAAGAUGAAUACUGUUGAAAAACGGCGCUAAACACAAAAGAAACAAAGCAAACAAGAAAAAAGUUAUUUGAAUAUAUUCAAGGAGUAAUAUCUAUGAACUAUCAUUAAUUAUUUUAAUGAAACGUUAAAUUUUCAUAUAUCCUCUGUCAGAGGUAUUUGUAUGAUAAAAGCUGGAUAAUUAUGUAGAGAUAACGCAUGUUUUUUCGUGUUAUAACAUCUGCAGCAUCCUGAGGUACCAACGUAUCCUGAGAGAUUCUGAGGAGGUUAUAACACAAAAUAAACAUGCGCUAACGCUAUUCUAGCAUAAAAUGUGUAAAAACUGAUAAAUGAAUACAUUGUCACUCAGCGUCGUUAAAUUUCCAUGAAAUGCGCGGGAAUGUCUGAGUUGUAUUUUUCACGUUGACGUCAUUUAUUAUUGAAUCAUCCGUUUUGGAGCCGUAGUAAGUUUACGCCUUGCUAUGGAACGCGCAUAUAUUAAAAGAUGUGUGCUAAAUAAAGGUGCUAAAUAAACACAAUUUUCCUUUCAGAGUCUUAUAAAAGACUACACAUUUUGAAAUCUACUACUAAAACAUUACGAUUGCCGUGCAAUAUUCCAUUGAAGUCAAAAAUGAGCAGGGAAACGAAUGAUUUUUUAUGUAUUUCCUCGGUCUUUUUGUCCUACGUUCGUGUUGAUCGCUUUUCCGUAAUCGCUCGGAAAUUCUUCGGGAUCACGUGAUUUUAAAAUUCAUCUGUACCUACUAAUCCACCGAGAAUUUUUGACUUAUAAAUAAGCAUGGUAGGCUAUAUCCCCAAAGGAUGCCUACUUAUAAUAGAUAAAAAUAUAUCCUUAUCAAUUGAGAUAUUCCAAGUAAGGUAUGGCCCAGUGGAGGUGUUGGCUGGUUGUCACGCAGGCGGUGCUAGUUCGAAACUGGUGGUAGACGAGGUAUAUUUAUGCAUUUUUUUGUAGUGAAAACUACAACAUAGUUGGAAAUACCUGUAACACUUGCUUUCUUUGUUUGGAAAAAUGUUUUUAUAUGUUUUAUGUUGUAAAAAACUGUUGAAAACAAGAAAUAUCUUUAAAAAUGAUAGCCGGCGAAUUGUAAUAAGGAAAGAAGUUUAUGAAUUUUUCAUCUGACAUUCAUCUUUCAUCUAACAUUUUUCAAAUUGCAAAACUAAACACCGCACUUUAACAAUUUAAAUGGUUCUCUUUUAAUUUUUCGCAAAGGUUUCGUAGGGUUGCAAAUUUGUUUCGUUUAUCCUUAGACGUAUAAUUACAGCAGUAGUUUGAUGAAGAUUCGUGAAGCGGUUCAUGAGAAGAGGUCAUUAAACGUGUUUAUAGUUUUAGCUGAAUUGGUCCCUAUCCCCAUUUGUAACAAAAUAGCAGGAGACCUUACGAUAUUGUUACACAUCGAGUUUGAUAAAAAUCCAUUACAUUUUAGUGGUUAAUGCGAAGAAAGGCAUAUCUACUUUUAGCUAUAGUGGUCCCUAAUAGGGCCCAAGUUCCUAUAUAAAUAAAUUUAGAAGAGGACUUUUUAAUGAUGCUCCAGACCAAGUAUGACAAAGAUCCACCAAGCUGUUCAUGAGACGCUGUAUAAAUAAAAUCUGGAAAGUAGAUCCCUCGGAAGCACCGAAAACAAGCCAAACAGUGAAAAUUGCAGACUCGGCUUGAUUGAGUCUGUUCAUGAGCAGUAAUGGAAAAUGCAACACUGCCCACGCCCCCCAGCACCGGCUUAAGCGAUAUUUAAUCUUCAAAUCUAAAUGAACUGAAAUCAGUGAUCCCGAAGAACCAGAAAAUAUUAUAACACUGAGAUGAAGUCAAAGGUAUUUUAGCUCUAGCAGCCUCUAAAAGGGGUCAUAUAUGUCCCAGCUGAACAAAGUUGGCUGCGGGCCUAAUAAAGAUGCUACAAAUCAAGUUUGAUUAGAAUACAUGAGAAAAAAUCAAUUAAAGGAUCUUUUUAUUUGUUAUUUUCAUUUAUUUCUAAAAUAGGCCAACUGAUCCCGCUUUAACAAAUGCAUAUUCGCUAUUCAUGAAUCUUUGGACAAUGACGUCACACCUAUAAAAAAGUGAAGGUCAAGCAAAACAUACAAUUGUAAUUAUUUCAAUAUUUCUGUUUCAUAAGCAAAGUUUGACCGUAGUCAUAUCACAUAGAUAAACUGUAUGCAGCAUACUGGUCCGAGAGAUCACGGACUUUUAUUGCAACAAUUGAGGCCAAAAGAAGUUUAUACAUUUUUAGAAACAAUAUUUCAUAUCCACCAUGAAAACCCGUUUCUUAAGUGUCAAAGCAGUGCCUAUCUAUAUUUUGUUCAAUUAAGUUUGUGAUAGGGGAGGUAAAACUCACUUGUAAAAAGUUAGGGGGUAGGGUAAAGUUUACGUCUACUAGUUUUUUCACUGUAUAAUUACAGUAGUUAUAUGAUUGUCAGUAAA